CUAUAAUUUUAUGUGUCAGGAAAUUAGGCCAAACGUUUUAAUGAUUCAAUGACCAUGUAUAUAACAUUAGAAUAUUUUUUUUCAUUUCACACGUAGUUGGUUACAACUGUAAUGGGUUCAUUUAUAUUGUGUAUCUUAAGCACAUGAUUUGUUCAGACGUAAUGAGUUACAACUGUAAUGGGUUCCAUGAUGUUGUGUAUCUUAAGCACAUGAUUUGUUCAGACGUAAUGAGUUACAACUGUAAUGGGUUCCAUGAUGUUGUGUAUCUUAAGCACAUGAUUUGUUCAGACGUAAUGAGUUACAACUGUAAUGGGUUCCAUGAUGUUGUGUAUCUUAAGCACAUGAUUUGUUCAGACGUAAUGAGUUACAACUAUAAUGGGUUCCAUGAUGUUGUGUAUCUUAGGGACAUGACUUGUUCAGACGUAAUGAGUUACAACUAUAAUGGGUUCCAUGGUGUCGUGUAUCUUAAGCACAUGACUUGUUCAGACGUAAUGAGUUACAACUGUAAUGGGUUCCAUGAUGUUGUGUAUCUUAAGCACAUGAUUUGUUCAGACGUAAUGAGUUACAACUAUAAUGGGUUCCAUGAUGUUGUGUAUCUUAAGCACAUGAUUUGUUCAGACGUAAUGAGUUACAACUGUAAUGGGUUCCAUGAUGUUGUGUAUCUUAAGCACAUGAUUUGUUCAGACGUAAUGAGUUACAACUGUAAUGGGUUCCAUGAUGUUGUGUAUCUUAAGCACAUGAUUUGUUCAGACGUAAUGAGUUACAACUGUAAUGGGUUCCAUGAUGUUGUGUAUCUUAGGGACAUGACUUGUUCAGACGUAAUGAGUUACAACUGUAAUGGGUUCCAUGAUGUUGUGUAUCUUAAGCACAUGAUUUGUUCAGACGUAAUGAGUUACAACUGUAAUGGGUUCCAUGAUGUUGUGUAUCUUAAGCACAUGAUUUGUUCAGACGUAAUGAGUUACAACUGUAAUGGGUUCCAUGAUGUUGUGUAUCUUAAGCACAUGAUUUGUUCAGACGUAAUGAGUUACAACUGUAAUGGGUUCCAUGAUGUUGUGUAUCUUAGGGACAUGACUUGUUCAGACGUAAUGAGUUACAACUGUAAUGGGUUCCAUGAUGUUGUGUAUCUUAAGCACAUGACUUGUUCAGACGUAAUGAGUUACAACUGUAAUGGGUUCCAUGAUGUUGUGUAUCUUAAGCACAUGAUUUGUUCAGACGUAAUGAGUUACAACUGUAAUGGGUUCCAUGAUGUUGUGUAUCUUAAGCACAUGAUUUGUUCAGACGUAAUGAGUUACAACUGUAAUGGGUUCCAUGAUGUUGUGUAUCUUAAGCACAUGAUUUGUUCAGACGUAAUGAGUUACAACUGUAAUGGGUUCCAUGAUGUUGUGUAUCUUAAGCACAUGAUUUGUUCAGACGUAAUGAGUUACAACUAUAAUGGGUUCCAUGAUGUUGUGUAUCUUAGGGACAUGACUUGUUCAGACGUAAUGAGUUACAACUAUAAUGGGUUCCAUGGUGUCGUGUAUCUUAAGCACAUGACUUGUUCAGACGUAAUGAGUUACAACUGUAAUGGGUUCCAUGAUGUUGUGUAUCUUAAGCACAUGAUUUGUUCAGACGUAAUGAGUUACAACUGUAAUGGGUUCCAUGAUGUUGUGUAUCUUAAGCACAUGAUUUGUUCAGACGUAAUGAGUUACAACUGUAAUGGGUUCCAUGAUGUUGUGUAUCUUAAGCACAUGAUUUGUUCAGACGUAAUGAGUUACAACUGUAAUGGGUUCCAUGAUGUUGUGUAUCUUAAGCACAUGAUUUGUUCAGACGUAAUGAGUUACAACUGUAAUGGGUUCCAUGAUGUUGUGUAUCUUAGGGACAUGACUUGUUCAGACGUAAUGAGUUACAACUAUAAUGGGUUCCAUGAUGUUGUGUAUCUUAAGCACAUGACUUGUUCAGACGUAAUGAGUUACAACUAUAAUGCGUUCAUUAAUAUUAUAUAUCUUAAGCACAUGAUUUGUUCAGACGUAAUGAGUUACAACUAUAAUGGGUUCCAUGAUGUUGUGUAUCUUAGGGACAUGACUUGUUCAGACGUAAUGAGUUACAACUGUAAUGGGUUCAUUUAUAUUGUGUAUCUUAAGCACAUGACUUGUUCAGACGUAAUGAGUUACAACUGUAAUGGGUUCCAUGUUGUUGUGUAUCUUAAGCACAUGAUUUGUUCAGACGUAAUGAGUUACAACUGUAAUGGGUUCCAUGAUGUUGUGUAUCUUAGGGACAUGACUUGUUCAGACGUAAUGAGUUACAACUAUAAUGGGUUCCAUGAUGUUGUGUAUCUUAAGCACAUGACUUGUUCAGACGUAAUGAGUUACAACUAUAAUGGGUUCAUUAAUAUUAUAUAUCUUAAGCACAUGAUUUGUUCAGACGUAAUGAGUUACAACUAUAAUGGGUUCCAUGAUGUUGUGUAACUUAGGGACAUGACUUGUUCAGACGUAAUGAGUUACAACUGUAAUGGGUUCAUUUAUAUUGUGUAUCUUAAGCACAUGAUUUGUUCAGACGUAAUGAGUUACAACUGUAAUGGGUUCCAUGAUGUUGUGUAUCUUAAGCACAUGACUUGUUCAGACGUAAUGAGUUACAACUGUAAUGGGUUCCAUGAUGUUGUGUAUCUUAAGCACAUGACUUGUUCAGACGU